GACUGCAACUUACAUUUCUAUGUUUGCCAUAGUGAAGGAUUAAGUAAGGGCUGGGGGAAACAAAGUGUAACAGGGUGGUCCCCAGGAAAGAGGGAGGUUCCAGGUUCCCUGCCCCACCCAAAGGAGGGUGGAGCUGAGCAGGAAGAGAAGAGGAUGUAGAGGAGACUGAGGAAGGAAGGAAGCAGGAUGGAGCCAGAAGGAGACCUGGAGGAGGCACUUGUCUAGAGACACGUGAAGAAACUGCGCUUGUCUUUUGGUCGUGGACUGGGUGACACAGAUGUGGAAAGAUUUCAAGACUGCCUCAUCUCUGAUUCCAAACUGUUAUUGGAGAUUUUGAGGAAAAGCCAUGGACUUAGCUACCACUAUGAAGAAGAUGAAGGAGGAAGCCACGUGCUCCAUCUGCCUACAGCUGAUGACGGCACCGUCAAGCAUCCACUGUGGGCACAGCUUCUGCCGCGGGUGCCUAGAAGGCAUCAUUGAGAAGGAGCAAGAGGAAAGACCAUGGCAGAUGUCGUUCGACUGUCCCCUGUGUCGCACAAAAUUUCAAAAGGACAGUCUUCGCCCCAUGAAGCAGCUAGAAAACCUUAUUGAAACCAUCAAGGAGAUGGAGCGUGAGAGUCUGUGUCAGGAACAUGGGGAGCAGCUCCACCUGUUCUGUGAGGAUGCUGGGCAGCCCAUCUGCUGGUGCUGUGAGCGCUCCCCCCAGCACAGAGAACACAACCAUGUUCUUGUCAGAGACGCCUGUCCCUGCUAUAGGACAAAGAUCCAGGAUGCUUUGACAAAACUAAGGAAACAGGAAGACGAAUGUAAGAGUAUAACGACGACCAUAAGAAGACAAAUAGGUGAAUGGGAGGAGGAGGUGCAGCUUCAGAAAGAGAAAAUCAAGUCUAGCUUUCAGAAUCUCUAUAACUUCCUUUAUGAAGACAGUAAGUGUCUUCUGGCGAGACUGGAGAUGGAAAAAUGUCAGACUCUCAAAAGGCUGCAGGACAGUGAAGCCAGUGUGAACAAGCAGAGCAGAGAACUCAAGAGCCACAUCCUGGAACUAGAGAAGAAAUGUCAGGCCCCAGCCCAUAGUCUGCUGCAGGACGUGAAAGACACCCUGAACAGGAGUUCAGCUAUGAAGCUGGAAGUCCCAGAGGCCGUAUCUUUGGAAAUUCAUACUGACUGCGACAUUUCUGAGCUCUACUGUGUUAUGAGGAAAAUAUUAAAGACCUACCAAGUGGAUGUGACUCUGGAUCCAGAGACAGCUCAUAAUAAUCUCAUUCUGUCUGAGGAUGGGCGAAGAGUGACCCAUGGAGGCUCCCAGAAGAAGUAUUACAAUUCUAGGAGAUUUCUGGCCUUACCCUGUGUCCUGGGCUCUGAGGGCUUCACCUCAGGACGACAUUACUUUGAAGUGGACGUGGGACAGGGAACUGGGUGGGACUUAGGAGUUUGCCUGGAAGAUGUGCCCAGAGACAGGAACGUGAAGCCGGAGCCGGAAUCUGGAUUCUGGGUGAUCAGGUGGAGGAGACCAGAAGGCUGCACUGCCCGUACUGAGCCUUCAGUAUCUCUCUGUAUACAUGAGCAGCCCCGGAUUGUGGGGGUUUUUUUGGACUAUGAGGCUGGACGCGUGUCCUUUUACAACAUGCCGACUGGUUCCCACAUCUUCACCUUCCCAGAGGACUCCUUCUCUGAUACUCUGCGGCCCUUUUUCAGGAUUUAUCGUUCUUCUCCAUUAUUCCUGCCUCCACCAGAUCAGUAAAGAAAUGAGAAACAUUUCCUUGUGGGAACUAUCAUCCUAGAGAAUAUAAUAGAAAUGGAGCUCCCUGGUGGCCUAGGGAUUAAGUCUCAGCACUAUCACUGCUGCAGCCUGAGUUUGAUCCCUGGCUAAGGAGCUACCCACAUGGCGCAGCAGACCUCUCCUGUCUCACCCGCUGCUCCCCUCAGGAGUGUAUUUCAGUAGAUCUGCCUGAUUUGCUCCCCACUGUCUCAGGUAAAUCCUCUCACCCCUCACCCCCACACCUCUGGCCUCCACCCCAGGUUUUCUAUGCAAAAAUAAAAUCUUUUUUUUAAAAAAGAAAUGUGUGAGGACCACAGUUUUAUCUGAUUUUUCACUUCUCUUUCCCUUUAUAACUAAAACAGUGCUGAGCUUUCAGUGUCCUCUCAAUAAAUCUGCAUUGAAUGAAAGAAUAUAAAAACUAAAAAUGAUGUAGAUGAUCACCCUUUCUUGGGGAAAAGUCACCAUAAUACCAGUGAUCAUCCAUCUUCCUUGCCAUCGCGCAAGUGGGUUCAGAGAUCUGAUUUCCAGGAGCCCUUUUCUGAGCAGUAGGGUGGUUGGGAAGGGUUUAUCUGCUGUAUUCUCCAUGAUUCCUAGUUGUCCUACCUGGGAGAGCAAAGGCUUUGGGGAGGCCAGUGUCUCCGUCCACUCGGGGUAGUUCUGCUUCUUGGCUUCUCAGAGAUGGAGAUGGUGAUGAUGAAGAUGAUGAUGUGACAUUUUUUUUAAUUAAAAAUUUAUUUAUUUAUUUAUACAAGUACUGGGUACAGUCAGAAGUGCAGGAGCGUGAGAGAAUUCACCAGAGCCAGUGCAGGGAACAGAGCAGGCAGAAUGAUGAAAUACACUGCUGAGGGGAGAAGUGGGCAUGGCAGGGGAGGUCUGCACGACAUGUGGGACCCUUGCUGGCUGCUGGGGAUGAACCUGUGCUGCAGUGGCUGUGGGCAGAUUCACAGCCCAGCGCUCAACCGCUGUAUCACCAGGGGAGGCCCUGACAUUGUUUUUUAAUCACAUUGAUCAUUUCAUAUACCACAAGAGUCACCAAGCACUGAGCAUACUUUAGCUCAUUCUGUAUCUCUUCCCCCAUUCUUUGUGACACAUAGGAUCUCUCUGGGGCUGAGUGCUCCCAGUUUCUUGAUAUCACGUGAAAUCACAUGUGGGCAUGGGGUGAAGCUGCAGUUGUCUGUCAGUUACAUAAAAGAGCAGGAACAGGGCCUCCCCUGUGGCACAACGGUUGAGCAACAACAAAUGUUGUCAAGGAUAUGGAGAAAAGGAACUAUCCUGCACUGCUGGUGGGAGUGCAAACGGAUCCAACUACUAUGGAGAGCUGUGUGGAGAUUCCUCAUACUAAAGAUAGAGCUUCCAUAUGAUUCAGCAAUUCCACUCCUAGGUAUUUACCCAAAUGACACAGAAACAUUAAUUCCAAAGGGCACCGGCACCCCCAUGUUCAUAGCAGCACUAUUUACAAUAGCUAAGCUAUGGAAACAACCCAAAUGCCCAAAAAUAGAUGACUGGAUCAGAAAGAUGUGGUACAUAUACACCAUGGAAUAUUACUCAGCAAUCAAAAAAGAUAAACAUCCAGUUUGCAGCAACAUGGAUGGAGCUAGAAGGGAUCAUGCUCAGUGAAAUAAGACAGAAAGAAAAAGAAAAGUAACUGAUGGUCUCACUCAUAGCAGGAAUCUAGAAAACCUAAACAAGGGACCGGGAAAAAGACUAAUUAAUACAAAGUAAAAAUCAAAAUCAACAAGCAACUAUAAACCAGAGACACA